AUGUCCAAAUCCAACACAAUGCAAGAGAUCAAAUCCAAAUUGAAAAAUAACCCAAUCAGAUUGGAGGGAAUGAGUGCGAAAUCGAAGCAAUCCAACAUCAAAAUUGUGGAGGGAGGUAAGAAAGAUCAGUCUGCUGCUGGGUCAAGUAAAAAAAGGAAAGAAAAAACAACUAAUUAUACAGAAGAGAAUGCAAAAAGAAAGAAAGUUGUUGUUUCUGGCUUAUUGGAGCAUAAUGAGGCUGUUAAGUUUUUAGGAAAAAGAGAACCAACACGCAUACCUCACAUGCAGUGUUACACAAAUAUUGAAGUAAUGAAAGUGUUAGCUACAAAGCUUACUAUUUCACAGUAUAAAGAAUUUUGUGGAACAACAUGUUUUGCCCAAUUAUCUAGCAUUCGUAGGUGUCAUGUUCAAGCACAACUGAUUAGGUGCAUGUUUUUGAGAGAAAUUGAGGGUAGCUCAAAAGAUGCAAUCCUGAUACAUGUGAAUGGCACCACUUUGCGAUUCACCAUUCGUGACUUUGCUAUAAUAACUGGGUUAAAAUGUUCAGACAAUGAGAAGGAUUUUGUCUUUAAUACCCAAGAACCAAACAGAAUUAUUCUUCAGUAUUUUGGAGUCGAAAAAGCCAUCACCAAGAGUCAGUUGGUUGAAAAGUUUGAUAAUAAGGUUUGGGGGGAUAAUGAUGAUGAUGCGAUGAAGUUUGCUAUAUUGUUUUAUAUACAUUCAUUCAUCCUUUCAGAAGAACCAACCAGUACUGUUAUUGAUAGGAAAGACUUUGAUUUGGUUGAAUCGGGCAGAUACAUUGACUACCCAUGGGGUAAAAAGGCUUUUGACCUGCUGAUUCUGCAUUUGCACACUAAGAUCAAACACGAUGGGAAGUAUUUCAGGUUGUAUGGUUUCCCACUUGCUUUGCAAGUGUGGUUUUAUGAAUGUUGUUCGAAUUUUGAUGAGGAAAUUGCUGUUAAGCUUGUUUUUAAGAAUAUAACUCCAACUCCAAUGGAACUCAAGAUUCUUGAAUUACCUCCUGAGUAUGUUCAAUCAGAUUCAUCUCCAACAGAAACAGCAGCUGCAAAUGCUUCGGACGAUGAUUUUCAGGAUCCUCCAUGUCCAAUAAAUAACAAGGGAAAAGAAAAAGUUGAUAGUUGUUUGUCGCCUCCUAAGAAGAAAUCAAGGCAGACAGUCACUCCUAUUCAGAAGAAGACAACACCUAGGGUCAUUUCAAAGCAGCCUUGUUUAAUAAAGUCUCCCCGACGUGCCAAUGUUGCAAAAAGACCUAAGUCACCACUUCCAAAGAGGCAGGCCAAAAAACAUGCUAAUGUUCCAUCCUAUACAGGCAUUAAGCAAAAUGUUGAGAUUAAAUCAAGUGUUCCUUUCGAAAUACCAUCUACCAGCAAGUCACAUGAUUUCAGUAUAUCGCGUGAUGAGUUUGAUCAAUUCAAACUCUCGAUGGAGAAACAGUUUACUGAUUUAAGGAACUUCAUUGAAAACAACUUCAAAGUUGUGUUGGAUUCUAUCAAAUCAAAGAAUGCGGAAGAUAAGGGUGAUGGUGUAGAAGUUACAGAUAAAGUGCCAGUCGGUGUCGUUCAAUCCGAAGAACCUUCUCAACAUUUACCUUCUGAAUUGAACUGUCAAUCUGUUUUUAAUGAUCUAAAUGAUCAAGAGAAGGUUGUUCGAGUAUCAGUCCCAUCAUCUACUCCAGAUGUUAGUAUUCACCAGUCAAAAUUACACUCUCCAGCUGGACAAUCAGCAUUUAGCCCUUUAGUUCAACAAUUCAGUAAUCCCGAGCCACAGGGUCACAACAAUUCUGGAGUUCCAAUCAAUUUUAAGGUUCAGAACACUUCCAAUAUUUUUGAGGUUCAAAACAAUUCUGAGAAGGAGAAUUGUGAAGAUGUUCCAAUUGAAGUGGUCAAAGAGGGAUCUCAAUUCAUGGAUGAUCAAACAGACUUCAACAAUUCAUCUUUUCAGGAUUUGUUGAAUGUUAUACACGAUCAAACUGAAAAGAUGGAAAAAGAAGAAUUUUCAGAUACAAACAAAGCAGGAUCAUCCAAUGUCAAUGAGUUAGUUGUUGAAGAAGUUUUAAUGCCUCCAGCACCUCUUCAAAUGGUACAUGAUGACCAGCCAAAUAUUAAUCUAGAAAGAAGCAUGGUGUUACAUCCUUUGUUAGCUGUGGACGCGCAUACACCAUUACCAAUUCAUAGGGAAAGGCGUCCAGGCCCAUUCAACACAUCGCCUUAUGUGACAUCAUUCGGUUCAGAGUCUGGUAGUUCAUCAAGGUUCCAUUUCUCGUUUGAUUUGAAACAUCCAUUUGUUGCAAUGUCUGAUUUGGAGCGUACAACUCUGUAUAUUCAUUUCUGGAAAUGGUUAAAUGAAGGGCUGCUUGUUAGACACAACACAAAGAAUGGCAAAGAAGAGCGAUACAAAAAGAACAAGUCUGUCUUACAAAUGUGGUUUCAUUUUGGAAUUGUCACAGUCCAAAACAAGAACUGGUUCUAUAGGCUUGCAUACAAAAAUCAAUUGCUUGAUGACUCGCACGUAGAUGUCAUUUUGUAUUAUAUACGCAAAAGAGCCAAGUACUCCGACACCAAUGCAUUCAGUUUUAUCACUGUCGAUUGCAAUUUCAGUAAUCUGAUUACCAAUGUCUGGGAUGCUUAUUAUAAUUUUGAAAGUAAUAUUAACAAGGAAAGUACAGAGGAGUCGAUUAUUGAGUAUAUUAACGGAUACAGAAUGCAUGUUGCUAGACCUUGGCAUACAGUUGAUAACAUCCUCAUUCCUGUUAACAUCAAGGAGAUCUUUCAUUGGAUUUUGAUUGUUGUGUCUAUUAAUGAUAGAUCUAUACAGAUCUAUGAUUCUCUUAGGGGUGGUGCCCUACACGAUUCGUCAGUUGAGAAUGAGAUCAAGAAAUAUGCACAACUUGUUCCCAUGUAUUUAUCUAAGUCUGAUUUUUAUGGGAAGAAAGGCAUUGACAUAUCUUCACACCCAAAGUACAAGUCCCACUCUGAAUGUGACUCUUUUGAAAUGAUUUAUGUCAAUGAUAUACCACAACAAGAUGCAGGAAGCCUCGAUUGUGGACUAUAUGUUGCUGCUUAUGCAGACCAUAUCAGUAAUGGAAAUGUGGUUCCAAAAUCCUUCGAUUCAGAGUUCACAUGUAUUCAAUAUGCUUCUUUAUUUUGGAACUAUGGGGUGCAAAAGAUCCAAGCCGAUGCCACUAAUGACAGUGAGGCACCAGAAAGGCCAACCAGGAUUCAUAGGGAUUGUGAUAGUAGUGAAAAGAUCACAAUUAAUUAG